AUGGAGCUACUCAACGUGUUACCGCAUGAGGCCGCUCUCCAUAGGUUGAUGCGCGCAGGUGUGUGCAACGAUGACCAAAUGCAUGAUUAUUUCAUAUCGCAAGCGUUUCGUGGCAUCGCAUAUGCUGUAAACCGCGCCACACUUCCUGCACCCGUUUUUGUACAGCAACCAUUCCUGUCAGGCAGUUCAAACACAACUGGAAGCUCGGGUGGCACCAACGACUCGCCCACACUGAAUCCCUGUGCUGCAGGGAGUACAACCGCUACAACUACUGGCGCAGUGUGCGUGCUGUGCCGAAUGUGUGUUCAAGCUGUGACAUCUCACAUGUCGCACCGGACAGCGGCGUAUCUCGCAACGCGGCUCUUGGCUGAUGAGGCAACAGCUUUCGGUGAAGGUAAUGAGCGACCAUGUUGUACAGUGGCAUGGGUUGAAGCACUGUGCUCGGUGGGCAAAGCAUCUUUUUUACAGAAGCAGUUAGGCGUUAACAGACGCAUGGCACUGGGCUAUUUGUACAUUCUUGCGGAAACGGUGCGUGCGACUGCGCGAGGCCGUGUCAUUGGUAAACGACUCAGUAGUCAUUUUGUGGAGUUCGCCCACCGGAUAUUGGAUGAUGUCAUACCGUACUUAGCGAUCAUGGCAGAUGCCCGAGAGGUAUUUGCGGUGACGCGGCACGUGCCGGUUGCAGGCAACCCAUCGGAGGGUAAUAUUCCAACAGAAACAACGUCAACGGCGGCAGUUGUACCGAGGCCUGCGUGGCAUCCCCCAUCAAGGUUGACUGUCGAGGCCAACAACACGAUUAUACACCUGUUUCAUGAUAUCGCGCAUGACAUCAUCGACGUGCACCACAGGAGCGGGAAGAAUCCAGGGGAACGUUGCCUAGUUCUUGACCGUGACAUGCCAAGCAGGAUGUGGCCAGCGGUGUCUAUACUCCAAAGUGCACUUCAUCGUGCAUUAGAUUGGAUUUUACAGGAGGGGUUGGCUUGUGUUCGCACCAUGGCACUGGCAACAGAGCACAGGGAAGAGAAAGCCGCAAUAGAGGCGGUACAGACUGUCAAGAAGGCGCUGGACGACACGUUCGCGCAGAUGUUUGAGAGGCAGGAAACACUGGAAUGCUCGCGGCAAGCCGUAGAGAGGCAGUACGGGAAGGGUGCGAAGGAUUAUCAUGGAAUCACGGACACAUUGUGGGCAAAUACGCUGCGGCUGUGUCUCCUCUGCAGGAAUGUCACUGGUGCGUGGAUAGAAGUGUAUGGCGGUGCAGGUUACACUGAAACGCGAUCCACGGACAAAAACGUCCUCAGUUUCAUCGCCUCGUUCGUGUCUUCGGUACCACUAAUGGACGGAGAUGAAACGGAAUCAAGUGUCUUCCUUGCCACUAUUGCACUUUUGUCGGCAGCACUCGCAGCUGUUGUUGCGGCCCCUGUUCCUUUUAUGCAGGUCUCCCUGUGGGUAUCCGACACCGCGUUGACGGGUCAGGUGCACAAUGUCGUUAUUCAGCGUGGACUUCGAUACAAGGAUGAGCUCGUGCAGAGGUUGAGUGCGCUCAUCUCACAAUUAAUACUUUCUGGUUCAUCGCUAUCCGGGGCCUCUCGUGCCAUUGUUGAAUCCUCCGAUCAGUUACUCGAGCUCAUUUCAAACGGCAGGGAUGCGGCUUCGCACUGCGUUAUUCGUAUGCUUUCGCGCGCAAUACUUGAGCGUCCCCAUAGCAUGCUUCCAGCGCUCUUUCGUCUUCUGCAGCACGGCGAUGUGAAGACACGGCGCAAUGUUUUGGAUGUCCUUUCUGCGCUACCGCAAAUGGACGAUGAAGCCGGCCUCGGUGAGAAACUGGUCGCGGAGCAAAUGCGACCGAUGUUGCGACAGCUCUCAGAGGAACUACUACUACGUAUCCAGGAUGAAGAACUACUUGUGCGACUACAGGGUUCCAAGCUUUUCGCGAAGGUGUGGCCGGAAGAUGUAAUCCGACCGCUGCUGAAUCUUGCCACACAGAAGGACAAGUCGCACAAGAAGCAAUCAGCUGCUCAACAGGCGCUACGCUCUGUCGUAGCGGCACACACAGGAGACAGCCGUGUUGUGCUGCUUCUGCUUGACGAAUCGUUGAAGCUCGUGGGAGAGACCACACCGACAGCCCCCACCGCUCCUAACACCCCGGCGGGUAUGUUGGCUUUUGCGCAACUGCACUCUUGCGUGGGGGAAAGGGAAGGCGAGGGGGACGGUGCUGGGGGGCAACCAGGUUGUGCGGCUGCAACGGGCGGAUUGACUACCAUUAGUGCUGCUGGGGGUUUUUGCCAGCGGUUGAUGGGGAUUGCUCUCUCCUUAGUGAAACGGUGGGCGGAAGAGGUGCCUUCGUGGUCCGAGCCAGUGCUCCAGCCCAUCGUUGACCGUGUUGUGAGUGCGCGCAGUCCAAAAGAGCAGGAGUUCGCAGUCCGAUUCAUUGCGCAGGUCUCAUCCUUGUGUGGAAUAACGGUGGAGGGGGCAGCUGCACUUACGUCGUGCGUCCUGCGGGUUGUACAAGGGGGUAAGACAGGAUCAUUGCCGUCUGAGCGAUGGCUAACUGGAUUGUGUGGAUCACGCCAAAGUAACAAUUCAAACGAGAAAAGAGAUGAAAUUGCGUUAGUGGAAGAAUGCUGUCCAGUUGACAGCGAAUAUCGGAUGAUUGCGCCACUUCUCUGUCUUAGGGGCUGCCCGAGACGACCAUUUUUGUCUUGUCGUGUGGACAGUAUGCCUCCCUCUAUGCUGAAUCUUUGGGAAUUCAUUUGGUUUGUCUUAUUCUCAUCGGACUACUGCGAGCAGCUUACGCCCGACACGCAGCGCUUGCUGCUGGAACUCGUCUGCAAGUACAGAACAUCAAUGGUGCUUGAGCGUUUUGCUCACUUUGAGCGAAUGCAUUUGGAAAAGAAUGGAGACAAGGAGCGUAAAAGCUGUGAAGGAAAUAGUGCAUAUUUGAUUUGUGCGGACAAACAAGCUUGUUUCUUGUUCCGUGCGGGGUUCUUCUGCACAGGUACUCUUGUUGCGCAAAGCAGUCUAGCGUUUACCAAACCGGCCACCAAAGAUGGCGAGUCUCAGCUGGGAGUUGAGACUGCGACUACUUCGUCCCCAGAAGGCAGUUGCGAAGAAGCAAUGGAGCUACUUGAUCUGGUUCAUGCUGCAGAGUUGGUGUCUCGCUGGACUGAGUCUGUUGUGUUCCCCUGGCUCCUUGGUGACAAUGAUGACGAAACCACGUGUAGCAGGAACCCCCCUAGUGAUCUGCAGCGCCUAAGUCGCUCCGCUAUUGAUUGUAUCGCGCUCCUUACAGUUGUUGCACUAAACCGCGCGGAAUUCGACGCUCAUGUCUCGCGUCUCGUCAGGAACCCUCUGAGUGAACUGGCUCUCUUGUACAGAGAAGAGGUGAAGCAAUCGAAGAAAGAUGUUGGUGCUGAGAGGAAGGAAGCCUUUGCAUUGGAGAAAUGUGGUGAUCUGCUAGGGCGGUUCGAGUUUGCGGUUCAAGUUCACAGCCGCGUUCUCAACAUCUUGCGUGCGAGUCAAAUGGGAAGAGGAAACGUUUGCACCUGGUUCAUUGCGUUUAUGCCGCAUCUCAUUGAGCUUGCUAACGCGGCCUGUGGGGUUGCUGCGCGCCUUGGUAGGAAUGAUGUUGGUCAGGUAGCGGUUGAGUGCUGUAACGUGUUAUUUUUAGCCGCUAUGUCGUCCAGUGGCGGCCCGCCGGCGGUGGAAGGGGAGCGGCGAGCAACGAGCGGUGAAAGCGAUACCAAACCUCUUCUGAUGGACCUUUGCACUUCUGAUCGGAGCGCAUUGCUUGCCUUUGCGGUCGGCAGUUCGCGGUAUUCGAGUCUACCGGCGGUGCAGUCAGAAGGUGUUAAGCUCCUCUCCGCAUUGUUGGGUGCAGCGCCCGAUAUAUUCGUAGACACGGCUGCGGGUAAAGGGACGGCGUUGGAUGAAGCCUUCAGUGCCCUGAGUUCCGUUGCGCUCCUUCAUGAAGACUGCAAGACGCGAUCACUUGCAGAGGCAGUUAUCAGCACCAUUCAAAAGACUGAGCAAAUAUGA